AUGGCUCGUGUACCUGGCUCUGCCUCCAACCUUAACUCCAGGGCGGUGGACUUGGAGUCCCAGGCAUCUACUCUUGUGCCCGUGGACAUGGUUUUCAUUUUACUCUGUUCGUUUGGUGUGUUCUUGAUCACUCCUGCCAUUGGAAUGUUUUAUGGUGGUACCUUGAAAAGAAAGAACAUUGUGCAAGUGCUCUUUCAGACAUAUAUGGUUACCAGUUGUAUUAUUAUCAUUUGGUACUUGAUUGGUUACUCGUUGGCCAAUUCGCCCUCUUCUACCAACGUAAUGAUUGGAAAUCUUGCCCAUGCUGCUCUCCAUGAAGAAGAGGCUAAGCCCAUGUUUGAAGGAGGAAACAUUCCUUCCAUCGUCAACUUCUGCUUUAACUGUUUUUUCCCUGUUGCAACCGUCCAGAUCUUUUUGGGAGGAAUCGGUGAAAGAGGCCGGUUUCUCCCUUCGCUUUUGGUUGGUUCCAUCUGGGUCCUUGUGGUGUACUGUCCAAUGGCCUUCUGGGUUUGGGGAGCCAAUGGUUGGUUGUUGAACUUGGGUGCAUUGGACUUUGCUGGUGGAGGUCCUGUCCAUAUCGCUUCUGGUGUUGCUUCCCUUUGUUACUCUUGGUACCUUGGUCCUAGAGGUCAAGCUGGUCACACUGGAAAAAUUCCACACUAUAGAGGUCACUCAUCUCUUACAACUUUCAUUGGUGUCACAUUGAUUUGGGCAGCAUGGUUUUUGUUCAAUGCUGGUACAUUGCUUGCUGUCAAUGUCAGAACUGGCUAUAUCAUGGCCAACACCAUUCUUGCCUCUUGUUUCGCCUGUGCUACCUACACCUUGGUGGAUAAAAUGCUUACUGGUAGGUAUUCCAUGCAAGCAGCCUGUGAGGGAGUCAUUGUUGGUUUGGUGAACAUCACUCCUUCGUGUGGUUACUAUUGGCCAUGGGCUGCAGCAUUGACCUCGGUGAUUAACGCUGCAUUGUGCCGUUUCUUAGGCGAAUUCAAUGCCUGGACCGGUAUUGAUGAUUAUAGUGUUUCUGGAGUGGUUCACGGUGUUGGAGGUAUCAUUGGUGACACUUUGACUGGUAUUUUUGCUUCCAAGACAGUUGCUGCCCUUGAUGGAGUGACCGAAAUUGAUGGAGGGUGGGUCAAUGGUAACUUUGUUCAAUUAGGCUACCAGAUUGCAGCGUGGGUGUCCAUUGUGGCUUGGACAACGGUGUUCACACUUGCGAUUUUGUUCUUGGUUGACAAAAUUCCCGGCAUGAGUGUGAGAGCUACUGAGGAAGGUGAAGCCAUGGGUAUGGACCUUUAUGAGAUGACCGAAACUCUUGAUGAAUUUGGAAACGAUUAUGAGGCUUUCUUCCAUGAGUACGCAGCCAAGAUCAAGCAUGUUGUAGACAAUUACGAGCGGAUGAACUUGGAAGUGAUCGAUGGCCGGUCCACCAAGGACUCAUCGUCGGUAACAAACGAGAACCUUCUCAACAAGGAAAAAGCUAUGUAA